CUGGAGAGGUCAACUCUAAAACGUUCAGCUCCCUCAAAAAGAAUUGUUCGCUCUUCUAACAGAACUGUCUGUUUCAGCCUUUAUGCACCGAUCCACGGAUAUGUCUGUAUUGGUCUGUGUGUGUUUGGAAUUCUGACGAAUUUUGUGCAUGUCGUCGUCCUUACACGGCCGGUAAUGAGGAAUUCGGCGGUGAACUGUGUCCUGACAGCGGUCGCCAUCUGUGAUAUCGGCACCAUGGCCACUUAUCUCAUCUACAUUUCGCAUUUUGUCGUUUUACGUCAAAGCACUUGUAGCCCAACGUUCACGCAUGGAUGGAUGCAAUUUCUUCAAUGGCACGUAAUGCUCAGUAUAACUUUACACACCACGUCACUAUGGUUGGCUGUAGCAAUGGCAUUUAUCAGACGAAUGACGUUACGGGUAGCCAGAUUGAAUAGCACAUGGCAACGUCCACAGUUUGCGUGGAAGCUGUGCAUAGCGAUUUACAUCAUCGUGGCGGUGCUCUGUGUACCGAGCUUGUUCGUGCACGAGAUCGCUGUCUACGAAGGGAUCGUCUGGGAACCACCGCAUCCACACUGUGCCUUAAGCUAUCCACCGAACUACACUGAACCGAUCUACACAUUUACGGUCAGCAAAGCAGCAACCGCUAAUAACUGUAGGAUCUUCAAAUUGAAUAUAUGGAUGAUUGGACUUGUGUUCAAGGUGAUUCCUUGUAUAUUGCUGAUGUACUUCAGCGUAGGUCUGGUAAAUAAGAUACGGCAAGCUGAGAAGCAUAGACGGAAGCUCACGAACGUCAGCCUGAACAACGUGAACUCAUGCGAUAGCAGCAGUAUGAAAUCCCAUCGAUCAGACCGCACGACGACGAUGUUGGUUGUGAUUUUAGCGGUGUUUUUGAUAACAGAACUGCCUCAAGGAAUUAUCUCUAUAUUAUGUGCCAUUUUUACUACAGACGUUCAUAAAUAUUUGUACUUUUAUUUGGGUGAUAUAUUGGAUUUGUUAUCACUACUAAAUUCUUCGGUGAAUUUUGUAUUGUACUGUGUAAUGUCAUCUCGUUACCGUCAAACGUUUUGGCUGGUAUUUUUGCCAAGUGGAUUCGACACGUAUUCCAAUUCGGCUUGUUUAACUUUGAAAAAAGAUAUUUCGGAGUUUUGGAAAAGAUUUAUUCCGAAAUACUCUGAUUUUAAGGCAUGCAUCCUUAUUUAA